AUGUCCUUGGCCAACCCACGCCGCAGAAUGAUGACUCGUUCCGGGUCCAUCGCCGAAAAGGAAAUGGCACUUAAGGCCACCACCUCUCUCCAGAAGGGUGCUACCUUCCACUCUCCUUCAUCACCAAAGUCCGUUGGUGAGGGAAAUCCCCCACCGCGCCUCACUCGCUCCCAGUCUUCGCUGGACGACGUGAUCGACGCCAACCGCCGCCGCAUGGCCUUGACCUCUACUAUCAGCGAUAUUGAGGCAGCUCUUUCGAAAACAUCUCUUUCCGAAGCGAGACCGAACAGAAAGUCGCCUCUCCGUGACAGGUCGGCUCCUAUACCCCGUGGCCUCUUCGAGCUCCCUGUUGUCGACCCAGCCAUGGCGAAAGAACAAGAGCGUCGGGUUCUCCGCCCGCGCUCGGUUCGCCACAAUAGACACAAGCAUGCUUCCGACAGCGGCCUCGGCAGCUCACUUGCCUCAACAAACGACAAGGCCUCCAUUGUUGAUGGUUCGUCUAAGAAAACCAUCAAGACCCAUGCGACUAGCCGCACCACUAUUGCUAGCAACAGCAGGCUGGCUUCCACCCUCAGCAACCAUGCCGUUAAUCGCAUCCACGAGCACACACUUGGUCCUCUUCUGCAGAAGCCAUCAUUGAAACCCUUCCAGACGAUCGUGGUGGAUGUGCGUGGUCGCAUUGGUUCCAAGGACAUGAUUUGUCUUCGGGACAUCGAAAGAUCUCUUCUUUUUAUGGCUCCGGAAAAAACCAAGUCCGCCACUCUUUAUAUGGAUUUCUGUCUCACGUCGAUCCGAUGCGUCCAAGCUACUGUCGAGUACUUGACCGACAGCGAACAAGUCCGACCCGGCGAUCGCCCUUAUACUAACGGCUACUUCAUUGAUUUGAAGGAGCAGAUUUAUGAAUAUGGCAGAUUACUUGCCACGCAGGAAAAGGGAGACCUUCCUGAGGGCAUGGACAUCGAUAAAGGUGAUGAUGUUCGCCUGUUUGGAGGCAUUGCCGAAAAUGGCCGACCGGCUGAGCUCAUCCGCGUCAAGAAGGAUGGCACUGCAUUCUCCAUGGCCACGGGUAAGCCUGUUGAUUUGAACGAGCCUCCCGUCAAGUUCAAGCGCUCCCUCAGCGAGCAGCUCGACGACGACGAGGAGAUUAUGCGUUCCAUGGCCCGCCGCAAGAAGAACGCUACACCAGAAGAGCUCGCCCCCAAGAAGUGCCGCGAGCCCGGGUGCAACAAAGAGUUCAAACGCCCUUGCGACCUUACCAAGCAUGAGAAGACUCAUUCUCGUCCUUGGAAGUGUCCCAUUCCGACCUGCAAGUACCACAACUAUGGCUGGCCUACGGAGAAGGAGAUGGACCGCCACGUCAAUGACAAGCACUCUGACGCGCCCGCCAUGCACGAGUGUCUGUUUAAGCCCUGUCCUUACAAGUCGAAGCGUGAGUCGAACUGUAAGCAGCACAUGGAGAAGGCUCAUGGCUGGACCUACGUACGCACCAAGUCUAGCGGCAAAAAGAUGCCAUCCAAGCCUGUCACAAUGGAUACUCCUGCCAUUUCGAACCUGUCGCCUCCGAACACGACGCCUAGCUACAGCGUGCCAACCCCACCGCAAGAUGUCCUACACCAGGACAUGUCGACCGCUUUCCCCAUGUAUCCGCGCGAAGCGGACUGGCUUGCCACGGCCAAUAUUUCCCCUGAAUCUAUCGACAGCUUGGAUCUCGCCCACGAAAACGCUUCACCUUCUUCGACUGCUUCUUCAUACGAGCAGUUCCCUCCGUACCAGAAUGGGUCCGCCUUCAUCAUCAACAACAAUGAUGAAGAUCUCUACGCUGCGAGAAUGCACCUUCCUCAGCACAUACCCAUUGCGGAGCAGAUGUACAACAAGGUCAUGCCUCAGCAGAUGCCCGAAAUUCCAAUGGUGCCGCUGACGGGCACUUAUAUGGAUAUCGAUGUCCCGAUGCACUUUUCUCCUGCUGGCCAGGGCAACGCGAUGCUUUACACACCCACUUCUCUGCGUGAAGUGGAUGAGACCUUUGACGAGCCGCUCAGCAACGGCGAUGAUGUUGAUUUCCAGCUCUUUGAUCAUGUCGGCAAGCUGAGCAGCGUGUCGCUGUUUGAUGAAAUGCCAAGCGCCAACAUGGGCUUUUCCCAAAACACCCAACCCGAAAUGUUCGCAGACAUUGAUCUGGACAACCUGGCUUAUCCUUUCCAGGAUUAA